GCUACCCAAAUCCCUAACUCUCUGUAUGAGCCCGAUACAAUCCAAUAGUUCCCCCUCCUCAAUCUCUGUCACGGGCCUUCUCCCCCGCAACCCUUCCUGUCAUUUAGAUCCAGGCCAUGCCAACAGUUGGGGUUAUUUUUAGGAAGGGGGUACGUCGAAGAAGAAUGCACGCACGUAUCGUUUUCUUCUGAGUGGUACGAUAGGAACAAUUCGGUGUUGGACGUCAAUGCAGAUGAUUGAAAUUAGUCGGGAUUUGGAGUGCCUGGAUUUAGCCACGGUUUGAACCUAGAGGCUGCGGAAGAACCUCGGAGGGACUGAGGUUCAUUUGACGUUCACAAACUGGAUUACAGUCUGGAAAUAAGGGCCCAUCUUCUUCUGCAUCACAAAGGCGAAACACAUACUUGGGACGUACUCCACACAAUGCCUAUCAUUUAAACCGAUUUAUUACAUCUAACUCGUUUCUAAAAAAACACUGUUUAAGUUAUCAUCAUGUACACACAAUUAUCUUCAAGAGCCACCCAAAGGCUUCUCCUGUUGUUGGGGAUGUUCCUUGUGCCUUCGACCGUCUUUGGACAGUUCUGGCAGAACACUCAAGGUAAUAGCUACCCACAGUACCAGGGUACAAGUACCAGUGACUCCACGUAUGGUGGCCAGCAGCAAAGCCAGCAAAAUAGCCAACAAAGUCAAGGACAAGGACAAGGACAAACAUCGAACAUUGAUAUAGAUUUCGAUGAUGAUAUGGAUCCCGAGGACAUCGAAUUUUUCAAGGGUUAUAUGCAGAUAUAUGAGUACGUGGAAGGAGCAGAGACCCCCGAGGAGCUCCGAGAAGCCGUGAUGCGGCUUCAGAGGAUGGCAGGGGUGGAAGUCACGGGUAUCCUCAACAACCAAACCCUUGCAAGGAUCAGGAAUGCAGAGAGAUGCGGCAACAAGGACAGGAGAGUCUCCAAUGAUGAGAUGAGGAAGAAAAGAUACGCUAUCCAGCAUGGAUGGUCCAAGAGGAAACUCACCUGGGCAAUCAAGAAUUAUACACCCGACGUGGCGAAAGCGACCACGAUUCGUGUUCUUACAACGGCCUUCCAGGUUUGGGGGGAUGUCGCCAGACUUGAUUUCAACCCGACCAGGUUUCCCAAGGCCGACAUCAUCGUCCAGUUCGCUCGAGGUAACCACGGUGACGGUUAUGCUUUCGAUGGCCCUGGAGGCACGCUAGCCCAUGCCUACUUCCCCGGGGACGGAAUCGGAGGCGAUGUCCAUUUCGAUGAGGAUGAGACUUUCAGCGACAGAACGAGACAAGGUACCAAUUUGUUCAUUGUAGCGGCUCAUGAAAUAGGACACAGUCUUGGGUUGGCACACUCUGAAGUCAGUAAGUCGUUGAUGGCGCCCUACUACCAAGGAUUCCAGCCCCGCUUCACUCUCAACACUGAUGAUGUCAGAGGAAUUCAGAGUCUCUAUGGUGCCCGUGCGAAUGCCCCCAACAGACCAAACCGGCCAGGGGGUCCGGUUAUACCCGACAACGGCCCUAAAGACAGAGGGGUUUGUAAUGCUCCCAUUUCUGCGGUGACCUAUGGACAAGUCGCUGGGCACCCCACACCCUCACUUUUCAUAUUCAGCGGAGAACAAUUUUGGGUGAGGAAGGGAACCGAGCCCGUAUCGAAUGCUCUCCGAACCGAAGCAGUAUUCACAGAAAUGAGCGCUGUCCCGGAUGCAGCCUUUAUCAGAACCUUCAGGGGACAAAGAAGAAUGGUCUUCUUUUCUGGAACCGAAAUAUGGGAAUUCACACAGGGCGCGUACCAGGCUAGUGACAUCCGGGUACGUACGGGCAUCCGGACCAACGGAAUUGACGCAGCGUUCAAGUGGGGCAGGAAUAACCGAAUCUACGUCUUUUACAGAACCCUCUACUGGCGACUUAAUGAGAACACCAUGCGAGCAGAUCGAGGGUACCCCCGACCUAUCAAGGAUAACUGGAGGGGUAGGAACGGGCCAAUCAAUGCCGCCUGGACGGAAGGAAAAGGCGGAGUGAGUUACUUCCUCAUCGACAAACAAGUUAGCACCUUCAAAGAUAAUGAGGUCUUUUUCAUCGCUGAAACACGUAGCUUUGCUUCUGAUUGGCUCAUUUGUGGACAAAACAUCGGAUCGGGAGCGGAUGGACCAAUCAAAACAUCUGGAUUACUUCUCAUUGCUUCGUUCCUUUUGACAAUGAAACGCGUGCUAUGAUUGGACAAUUCUCUUUCACAUAGGCUGUAUUAUAUUCUUUGAAAUAUCGAGGAAGUUUUGUUACUCGACUUCUUUACGUUGAAAUUAAAUUUGGUCUUUCAAGUAUAGAUAUGAUGAUUUCUUAAACUAGAAGUAAAUGUUUGUCUUUAUACUGUCUUUCAUCAAUGAAUGUAUAUCAAAUAAACCUGAUGAUCGAAUUCGAAUGGGUUUGAAUGAUAUACAAUGUCAUGUAGGAAUGUAAAAAAAAAUGCCAUCAAACAAUUUGUUUAUGUCAUCUUUGAAAUAUUUUAUGGAUUCUGUUUACCAGGCAUUACAAACUGAACAAAUAACUGAUUGAUGAAGAAAAAAAAGGUGAAGUUUCGAGAUAAUUAUCUUUGAAGUGCAGAAAGACAUUAUGUGCCCUUUCAUUGAGUCUUUUAAAGAAAACACAAUUUUCGAAAUUUUAUUUCAUUUGAUGAAUAUCGGUAAUUAGAUUUAUAAGAUGAUUUCCAAAUCACUAUGAAAAAUAGGUAAUGAAAUAAUAGUCCCCUUAUCCGCCCUCCUCUUCUACAUUCCUUAACUUUUCUCCCUCCCCCUGUAGCUCUCUCUCUCUCUCUCUCUCUCUCUGUAUUAAACUCUCUCGUUAUAUAUAUAUAUAUAUAUAUAUAUAUAUAUAUAUAUAUAUAUAUGUAUUAUUCAUGUGAUUUUUAAUAAAAUCUCUGAUUAGCUUUUGAUGGCCAUUAGCAGAAUUCAAACAGGCCUGUAAACAUUGUAGAUAGAUAUAUUGUUAAUGUAAUUUCUCCUGCUUUGUACUCAAACAUUUAUAAUUUAUCUCCUUAUCUAUAUUUGUAACUCAUCCAGAAUCUGAUCAAAAUAAUUCUUUUACUUUUUAAAUUGUUUGUGAAAUUUGUUAUGUUUAUGAUAACAUAAACAUAGAAAUAAAUGCAUCUGUAUGUAUAUCAUUGGA